AUGUCUGUCAUUCUCUGCACUGCGGGCUACGACCAUACCAUACGAUUCUGGGAAGCUCUCUCGGGCAUUUGCUCGCGCACGAUCCAGCAUCCCGACUCGCAGGUCAACAGGCUUUGCAUUUCGCCCGACAAGCGAUUCCUCGCCGCGGCCGGCCACCAUACCGUCAAACUCUACGACAUCAAGUCCACGAAUCCGAACCCGCUUCUGACGUUUGAAGGCCACACGGGCAACAUCACCGGGGUGGCUUUCCACUGCGAAGGGAAAUGGAUGGUGACGAGCUCGGAAGACGGCACCGUCAAGAUUUGGGAGACGAGGACGGGGUCUAUCCAGCGCAGCUAUAACCACGGAUCCCCGGCAAACGACGUGGUGAUCCAUCCGAACCAGGGCGAGAUCAUCAGCUGCGACAGAGCGGGCAGCGUGAGAAUAUGGGAUCUGGCGGAGAACACGUGCGCGCACGAGCUCCUCCCAGAAGAAGAUGUGUCGGUAUCGAGCGUUACCGUCGCAAGCGAUGGCACGCUUCUCUGCGCAGCCAACAUAGCGGGCAAUGUCUUUGUGUGGAAGCUGCAGCAGACAUUCGACCAGACGCAAAUCAUGCCGGUUACCCAUUUCAGCGCCCACAAGGAGUACAUCACUCGCGUUCUGCUGUCGCCAGACGUCAAGAAGCUCGCCACGUGCAGCGCGGACCACACGGCCAAGAUUUGGGAGGUCAAUAAUACCAAGCCGCAGGCCGAGGGCGAAAACGAUCCGAAGCCGUUCCCGCUGGAGGCCACGUUGACUGGCCACCAGCGGUGGGUAUGGGACUGCGCGUUCAGCGCUGACUCGGCGUACCUGGUGACGGCUUGCUCGGAUCACUACGCGCGACUCUGGGAGGUGCACAGCCAGCAGAUUAUUCGGCAGUACAACGGACAUCACCGAGGGGCUGUCUGCGUGGCCCUGAACGACUACUCGGAGACGCGGUAG